AUGUCGCUAGUGCAGGGGUAUAGUUCUAGCGAAGAAGAAGGGGUCCAAUUGCCCCAGUUGCCGGUAUAUGAUAUUCGGACCUAUAGCGAGAAACACUCUGCGAAAUCUGAGAAUGAGUCUGAAGCUAUAGCCACUGAAAAUUCGAGGAAAAGAAAGGCUUUUGGAGCUACUAUUGAAGGUGCUUACUAUGACAGAGCUACAUUUGAACUCCAAGCGAAAUUGGAGCGAAGAAACAAACUGGCAUCGCAAGAAGUGAAACUGAAAGCUAGGAAAAUCAAAAAGAAAAGGUCUAAGAACGGAAGCGAUGACGAUUAUUUAGGACCCUGGGCCAGAUAUGAAAGCGAGUCUGAAGAUCUAGAUCAAGAAAAUGAAGCUGAAGUUAAAACUGAAGAAUAUUACAAUAAUGACAAGAAGAAUGAACAGGAGAGUGAUAAUGAAGCUUCCAAUGUAGGCUCUGAUAACGAAAAUGAAAAUGAUCCAAAGUCAACAACUGAGUUUUUGGGUUCACAAGAACACGAUUAUCUUGGACGAACUUAUAUGCAUGUAUGGCGAGACUUGCCUAUUGAUCUAAGCAAAGAACCAAGUACUCACGAAUGCUUCGUUCCCAAGAAAGUCAUCCAUACAUUCCUGGGACAUCCCAGGGGCGUCAACAAGCUUGAAUUCUUUCCCAAAUCGGGACAUCUUCUUCUAUCUUGUGGUAACGACGGAGAAGUCAGACUCUGGGACUUGUACCACAAAUUUGAGCUUCUCAGGGUGUUUCAUGGCCACAGUCAAGCUGUAAAGGAUGUUACAUUCAACUCGUCUGGCACUGAGUUUCUAAGCUGUGGGUACGACAAAAAAGUUAUUCUUUGGGACACCGAGACGGGUGAAAUUAAAAAGAGUCUACGAGUAAAGGCUAUUCCGAAUGUUCUUCGAUUCAAUCCCAAAAAUGAAGACGAAUUCAUAGUAGGAUUAAGCAAUAACGAUAUUGAGCACUAUGAUCUUUCUUCUUUGGACUUCCAUACUCCCGUUCAAACCUACAAUCACCACUUAGGAGCCAUCAAUUCUUUAACUAUUAUCGAUGAUAACAAUAAAUUCAUGUCUACAGGUGACGACAAAACAGUACGGUUCUGGAAUUGGCAGAUCAACAUUCCCAUCAAGUUCAUUUCCGAUCCGUCACAGCAUUCUAUGCCUGCCGCUGCAAUUUACCCUGGAGGUAGCUUCAUAGCGUUGCAGAGUAUGGACAAUUCGGUAAAGGUAAUUCAAGGACACGGAAAGUUCCGGUUCAACAAAAAGAAAACUUUCCGAGGCCACAAUGUUGCUGGUUACGGAAUCGGUCUCGAUAUCUCGCCAGAUGGUAAGAUCCUCAUGAGCGGCGAUGCCAAGGGGUGUGGCUAUUUUUGGGAUUGGAAGACUUGCAAGCUUGUAAAGAAGUUGAAGGUUUGCGAUAAACCCAUCAGCUGUAUCAAGUUCCAUCCCCAGGAAUCUAGCAAAGUUGUUCUAGCAGGAAUCACAGGGGAAAUCUAUUUCUGUGAUUGA